AUGCACUGCGGCAUCACGCAGCCCCAAAAACACCACGCGGCAGCAAAGAACCCGGACACAGAAGACUGCGGGCUGCACAACUCCUUUCGGCCCAGCAGAGUGGCUCCCACAAAGAAAAGCGGCAGGGAGACAGGCCAUUCUGCCAUCAGUGAGGCAGUGGCCAGGGAACACCCCAUCAGCAUUCACAAGCGCACCCAGUGGGUUUUGAGAAGCAUGCCCCUCAGACAGUCAGCAACCCAGAUAUCUGGCAUGAAGGAGAUGGGAAGUCCAGAUGUACACACUGACCCCAGACUCAACAAAGCUGUCUGGCCAAAGCAAGGAAUGCCCCAUACCAUCUGUGUGCGGUUGUCCAGAAGAUGUAAUGAGGAUGAAGAUUCCCCAAACAAGCUCUAUAUGCUGGUCACCUGUGUACCUGUCACCACUUUCAACAGUCUAGGGACAUCUACUGUGGAUGAGAACCAACUGCUGACUGAAGUGCCCGAAAUCCAGAAAACUGACACUCCGAAUGCUGGUAAGAACAAGGAGCGGCAGUGA